GAAGCUGCUAGAAAGGGAAAUCGAACUCUUCGACUUUAGUCACUUCAAGGCAAUCGAAAAGGAAUGUUCUUCGCGCUACUGUCACAGUGACAUCCUCCGCUUCUUUUCGCGCCACUUCUUUUUUUUACAUUAAUAUAUACUCAAAUCUUGCUCUCUCAAACGAGGGUAUCUAAAUUCAUGCACCAGAGGAUCAUGUUAUCUGAUUAAAAAUACAAUGGCGUGGAAAUUAAUUUCUUUAACUAUAACUCUUGCACUAGUUUCAGAAAGUGCCGCACAAAUUUACACAUCUGAAAAAUCAUCAGAAAGUGUAGAAUCAGAAAAGCCUUCAACAACAAUCAACAAUGAAUUAAUUACGCAGACAGUUUAUGGAUUUUUGGAUUUCACGACUACAAUUGGUAAUACGGUGAUGGUCUUUAGUCCACAAAGUGCCCCUGCAGAAGGUGACAAGGAGAAAACAAAUGCUCCAUCUGAAGUAACGCCGAUAACGACAAAACCAUCGGAACCACAAAAAAAGAAUCCUGAUAUUCAGCCGAGCAAAACACAUUCGAGCAAUUCACAAUCGGAGACGAAGAAAAAUUUGUCAAAAGGAACAAAAAUAAUUGUCAAUUCCAUUGUUGAGCCAAAAUCUGUUCAAAAAGCCGAAAUUUUGACUUCAAAAAGUGAAAAUGUAAAAACUCGAGUGGAAGUGGUAACCAAGAGUCCAGUGCUCUCAACGAUUGUUGAGGUUCGACCAAAAGACGACGUGCCCGGAGUAAAGAAUAACUUAGCUGAACCCGAGUACGAUUUCCUCUCGACUCAACCAGCGGAAGUUGUGGAUGAAACUUACAAGCUAAUAAAUUUGAGGCCAUCAUCAAAGGCACACGGUAAACCACGACCAUCACGACGAGAAAAAGAAAAUCCAACGGGUCUUGUGACAAAACUUGGCGGUACAAUUGUAAAAGAUGGAUUAACCACAGUUCAUGAAACCAGUGUAAUUGGUACCUACAUAAAUGGAAAAUACGCUCAAGUCCUUCAAAGUUCAUCACGUGUUCUUAAUGAUGAGGAAAUUUCCAUUCCCGAGGGUAGAAUAAAACCAAGUAAUUCACAAAGAAUUCUCAAGACAAUUGGUCCACAUCAAGGCAAGGGAAAAAUUCAUUUAGAAGCAACACCAACGGGUCCAGUUGAUGAUUCUGAAAUUCCUUUGGAGGGCCUCUUCAAUGGUCAAGGGUCAAGCGGUCGUCCUAAUCGCAAACAUUCCAACAAUUAUCAAACCAGACCCAAAUUUCGUAAUAAAAUCACCGACGACGUUGAGAGCAAUGAGUCACUACCUCAGGCACGUGCCCUUGGUAAAAAUCGACCAAGCACUGCUCGACCCAGCUACAAAAAUAGACCGCAAAUAACAACAACCACCGAACAGCCACCAACAAAACGACGUGCCGGUUUCAGGCCCAAUGGACAAUCAAGCAACGCUCCUAAAUUCCCGAAUAAAAUUUCCAAAUCCGAGCUGACUAGUUCAAAUCCACUUCCUAAAUUAAAACUCCCAAGAACUCAGGGUCGUUGGUCCUACAAGACAACACCAAAACCUCGUAUCACAAUUCGUAAGCAAGCCGAAGACGACAGUAAACCAUUGCCAACGUUACCAGUUUCAUCAUUAAAUUCACCACUUCAAGAAAUUACAUCAGUUCCCCAAAUUACAACAAUCAAUGACGAACCAAUUAUUCAACGAAAAAUUCAAGAAGGUGCUUUUGACGAUGAACUCGAUGAAAGUGAAAGCGAAGAUGUCAGUAGUAUCAGCGUUCAAGAAUUUUCAGCCACUGAACAAAUAAUUCCUGCCGAAACACUUAACGUCGAAAUCUCAACACCCGCCGAAUUUAAUGACAUUUAUUUCGAAAUUGCAACAAUUAAAUCGCCUUAUUCUUUUCAGGUUGGUAGCGUUCGUAAUACACGUUUUAUCACCGUGACAUCAACGAUAAAGAAAACAUUUGCAACUGCCGAUCCAAGUACAACAAUAUCGCCCACCGAACCAUUGACGGAGAAUAUUUUAGCUAAUACUGGCGCCGCUUAUGAGACAACAUUACCCCUUGACUCAUCAAUUGCAACACUACCGGCAAUAUCACUUGAACCUGGACAAGCAACGCCUCCAUUGGAGACAAUUACCGAGACGUUUUCAACAACACAAACUUUAUUGAAAACACAUCUUUUACCUGUUGUUGCCAAUGGAAAUACGACAAAAAUAACUUUAGUUCAAACCUAUAAUAUUGCACGUGUUGUAACGGCCACUAAAACAUUACCACCAAUGGAUAUUUAUCAAUUUAUUCCAAGUAAAACACUCAAUGAAUUUAAUUCCAAACUCGAUGAGGCAGGAAGUGAACUUCAUUUGGAAUUAGAUUUUGGUGAUGAUGAACGUGAUGAUGACGAUAUACCCAAAAGAAUUUUGGCGCCAAGCACCGAUUUGGAUUCGGAUCUGGAUAUUUUCAACAUGAAAGCAGCUGCUGCAUCAAAAGCAGCAAAAGAACCAUCGGCAGUAACUUCAUCGCCUGUUCCUGAAUCGCAAUUUACUCCUGAUCAAGCACAACAAUUGGCACUUUUAAAAUUGUUUGGUCAAGCACAACCGCAAGUUAUUACAACUUCACGGCCAUAUGUCGUUCUGGAAACAAUCUACGAAUCGCAUGUAAUUCCAUUGGUGAAUAAUGGAAAUACAAUUUUCUCCACACUAUCAAAACCAGUUGGUACAAUACCGCGAACGUCCUAUGAAUUUGGAACAACAACAAUUUCUCCAAUUCUUUCGCCGCCAGUUCCUCAAAUUCCACAAAUUCCUCAAGUACCACAGGUUCCUAUUUUCCAGCAGCAGCAGCAACAAUUCACUGUCACUAGUGCUCCAGUUGUGACACAAACCGUUGCCACUGUUUCCGAUUCAAGAGUUUUGAAACUUACAUUCGGUGCAAGAACAGCGUACACGACACUCUAUUCCACAAAAGUUGUACCAACUGAAGUGACAAAAUAUGUCACGUCCACAGUUGCCCUUCAACCAACAGUACCAGCUUUUCCCGGAUAUUAUCCACCUGUUGGUUAUCCUGGUUUUCCGUUCGUUGGAUAAACGAACGAUCUUAGGGUAAGAUUGUUUUUUUUUUUUUUUUUUUUUUGACAACUGGGUUUUGUGUUUUUGCAACAGUAAAGGGAAAUUCGUAUAGAAUAUUUGUGAGUAUUUUCAGUCUGAUUUACUAUAAAAAAAAUUCCGAUGGAGAUAUCAAGAAGAAUUAUUUAAAAAAUUUUGUUUGAUUUCGGAGAUUUUUAAUUAGGCCUAGAAUGUUUGCAGACUAUUUGGAUUAUUUCUUAAGUCUAUUCAUGACACUAAUUUUUCUAAUUUAUUGUCAUCGAUACACAGGGUGAUUUUUAUAUUCCGUGCCCCCUAAAAAUUUUGUUUUAAUGUAAUUUUUUUCGUUUUUUAAACAAAAAAAAAGUGGAGUUAUUAUUAAAAAAUUUGUAAGGGGUCCAGAACAUAAAAAUCACUAUUAACAAUUCUUUAAAUCAAUGCCAUUAAACUAUUAAUUUCAAUGCAAAAGUGAAUUAAACAAAUAGAAAUUUUUUUAAACACUUUUUCAAAUUUUCCAAAACAAAAAAAAAUGUUUUUUAAUUGCUUAAUAAUGCAUAUAUACAAUUAAUUUCUAGGAAAUAAUAAUUAAUCUCUAAGAAAUAGUAAAUAAUUUCUUACAAUAAAUAGUAACAAAAAAUUUUUUUACUUUUAAACAAUUGUUAUAAACAAAUUAUACAAACAAUUAAAGUUCACAAUGAAUUCUAGUUAAAAAAAUUAAAAAUUCCGAAAAAGCUCUGUUUAUUAA